AACCUGGUCAUUUCUACAUUUCUGGCUGUCGUCGGUUGCUUGAUAACUUGCACACGGCAACAAAACUGCCCGUAUGUGAAGCAUGUCUUCACCGUGGACAAAAAUUUGGUGGCCGAUCACUCCCUUCACAAUCACGUUAUCGCUACAUUAACAGUGUCAGGAGCUGUAGAAUGUUAUAAUAACUGCCGAAUGAAUUGCCAGUGCAACUCUCUUAAUUUCUGGUCAACUAAAAACGAGAAGAAUUGUGAGUUGAAUAAGGAAAACAAGUUUUUGAAACCAUAUGACUUACAUCCGGAUCUUGGUGCUCAGUAUUACGAUCUGCACGUUAUUUACAGCGUUAAGGUAAGAUGUAAAUUUGAUCGCGGUAUACGGGAAAGGUUUGAAGGGAGACCUAAAACCUUUUAAGCGGGAGGGGUAGGUCUUCAGUACCUCUAAACUCAUUCAACUUAUUUUGAUACCUUCAAAAAACAAAAGUCGCAGUUUUUCGAAUCUAGGAAACCAAGUGAAGCAUAUGUUCAUAUAAAACUUCCAGAAGUAGAUUUAAAUGUAUAUUGUUUAAGUUACAAAUGUACGCAUUUACAAAUGCAUCGCCAAGAUCACGCCCUAUUUCAGGCUGAGCUGUCUGCAAGGACACUUUUACUAGAACGAUAAAUAGUAGAAUUGCAUAACUGAAGAGUAAAGCGCUCGAAUACACAUACUUUGAAUAAGGGCACACACCCUGGUCUUGGCCAAACAUUCAGGGAAAUUCCAAGGGACUCAUAAACACCUUUGUUCUCCUAACCUCAUGUGAUCGAAUUUGCUCUACCAAGCCUUCAUAAUUAAAGGUUUCUAGAGGUUACCUCAGCUUAGUUCCAGUCCCUCUCAGAUGAUUGUAUAUUAAAAAAAAAAAAGAAAAAAGUAAAAACGGUCGGGGUAUGUUGUGAGGGAAAUGACUUUUCAUUAUAAACUGUGGUGUUUUGCAAGGAUUUCCAGCCCAAACUAAGAAAAGCUGUAACUGUACACGUGUAAAAUUAUGAUAAUUCUUGACUGAUGCGUGUUUUUGAUAUCGCCAAUCAGCUGCUGACACGUCACUCGUCUUUCGUGCUACUCUGUCAUUAAUUAAAAAGUCGAAGUUAUUUUCUGGUCGGUUAAGACCCAUGGUUUCUAUAUAAUAAAAAAAAUAUAUGGUUGCUCUUAGAUAUGAAAUUCCUCUUCUCUGGUCAAUGCGACGUCUCACAAGUGAGCGCAGCAAACGAGUUAGAUAUCGAGUUGGAGACUCGAAGAGAAAUUCCAUAUCCAUGUGCACCCAUGCUUCAUUCUCUUUUUAUUUGCUUGGGUGUCUUUUGCAGGGCGUCCCUUGUUCAGAAUGCCAAAAUGGUUGUUGUAAAUCUGCACCAUGUUUCGCUAAAUACACUGAUCGUUGCGAAGAGCUUUGUGAUGUCAAGGGAAAGAGAUUCCGCUGUGUUUGCAGAAGUGGUUACACAGGAGACUUGUGCCAAACUCCU